AUUUUAAAUAAGAGAAGUGAUUAGUGACUAGUGAAUAAUCAUAUCAACAAUGUUAAAAAAAUAAAUCGAUACUUGGAAUAUUUGUGAACCUUCAUUGAUGCCAGACAUUUUAUUAGGAUACAUUAAGGAGGAUUUUUGCAAAAAUUUGAUAUCAAAUGUUGAAGCAAAAACGAAAUCCUAAACCGAUUCGAUGGGGCUUGAAGAAAAUAUGUUGGGGAUUAAUAAAUAUAACAGUACCAAGGUUCUCUUUCAUUUAAUCUUAGAAAACUUACAAUAAGAAGGAUUUUAAGUUGAUUUUUAAAAAAUGGAUAUGUCUUUAAAGUUUGCAAAAAGCUGUAAGCUCAAAAGAGAGCGCUUUAAAAUGUCAAGAUUCUCAGAGUUCUUGAGUACAUUUCACCAUCACCGAGAAAUAAACAUGAUUUUGAACGAUGAGCAUGCGCCCAGAAGUUGGAUAGAAGCCAAUUUUUUUAAGCGUGAAUGCAUAAAGUUUAUACCGAGUCAAAAAGAUGAAGAUAAAUGUUGCUGUGGACAAGAGAGAACAACACACCAGAUUGUUGUUGGAAUAGAUAUUGGUAUAUUAGGUGAUGUAUGGCUCCCACAUAAACACACACGUGCACAUCCGACUGAUGCCUACGGUACAAUAGAAUUUCAAGGCAGUGCUCAUCCUACAAAAGCUCAAUAUGUACGACUUUCUUAUGAUACGCGACCAGAAUUAAUAGUUCAAUUGUUCACAAAAGAAUGGAAUUUAGAGUUGCCAAAGUUACUACUGACCAUACAGGGAGGCAAGGCGAAUUUUGAAUUACAGCCAAAAUUGAAAAAGAUAUUGCGAAAGGGAUUGAUAAAGGCUGCUAGAACAACAGGUGCAUGGAUUUUUACGGGUGGUACAAACACAGGAGUGACAAAGCAAGUUGGCGAUGCUUUAAUGGCAGAGGGUCAACAAAGAUCUGGACGUGUAGUUAGUAUCGGUAUAGCUCCGUGGGGAAUUGUCGAGAGAAAUCAUGAACUGCUUGGUCAUAAUCGAGACGUGCCAUGUCAUUCAAUCAGUUCACCACGGAGUAAAUUGGCUGUGCUGAAUAAUCGUCAUGCAUAUUUUUUAUUGGUCGAUAACGGAACCCAAGCGAAAUAUGGAGCAGAAAUAAUAUUAAGGAGAAAACUAGAGAAAUAUAUAUCAAAUCAGAAACUACAGCCAUUUGGUCAAUCUUCAACACCAGUUGUCUGUUUAGUCAUUGAAGGUGGCAUGAAUACAAUAAGAGCAGUGCUCGAAUAUGUUACAGAUAAAGUUCCAGUCGUUGUUGUUGAUGGCACUGGACGAUCUGCAGAUAUAAUAGCGUUUGUACAUAAAUAUGCAAAUGAGAAUGAUCAGGGACUUCUAGAUUCCAUGAAAGACUAUAUACUUAAUAUGAUUAUGAAAACUUUUGAAGUUGGUGUGGAGCAAGCAGAGUGUUUAUACAAUGAAUUGCUGCAAUGCACAAAAUAUAAAAAUCUAAUUACUGUUUUUCGAAUACAAGACCGACCUGAAGGGAAAGUCCAAGAAUUGGACCAGACAAUCAUAACAGCAUUAUUCAAGUCACAACAUUUAAGUCCAUCGGAACAACUUAGUUUAGCAUUAACGUGGAAUCGUGUCGAUAUUGCACGUUCUGAAAUUUUUGUUUAUGGCCAAGAAUGGGCACAUGGUGCUUUAGAUGAAGCAAUGAUGCAAGCUUUAGAGCAUGAUCGAAUUGAUUUUGUUAAAUUGUUACUGGAGAAUGGUGUAUCAAUGAGGAAAUUUCUUACUAUUCCAAGAUUAGAGGAACUGUACAAUACAAAACACGGACCGGGAAAUACACUUGGUUACAUUCUAAGAGAUGUGAGGCCUCAUAUUCCUAAAGGUUACAUUUAUACGCUUCACGAUAUAGGAUUAGUAAUUAACAAACUUAUGGGGGGAGCUUAUAGAUCAUAUUAUACAAGACGGAAAUUUCGACCAAUUUAUGCAAAAGUCAUGAAUUCUUAUGUGAAUACACAUCGAAAGGCAUCAACAUUUCAACGUACAGCUGGUGCAAAUUCAAUGAGUUUAGUCACGGGACUUUUGCCUUUUACAUCUGAGAUGGCACUCUUUCCCUUUCCAUUUAAUGAGCUUUUUAUCUGGGCUGUUCUAACGAAAAGGCAUCAAAUGGCUACGAUGUUAUGGCAGCAUGGGGAGGAAGCACUCGCAAAAUCUCUUGUUGCAUGUAAAUUAUACAAAAGUAUGGCUCACGAGGCAGCAGAUGAUGACUUGGAUACGGAAAUUUAUGACGAGCUACGUAAUUAUGCAAAAGAUUUUGAGAGCCGCGGUUUAAAGUUAUUGGAUUUUUGUUAUCGACAAGAGCCAGUAAAAACACAAAAGAUGUUGACAUGUGAAUUGACAUCUUGGUCAAAUCAAAGUUGUCUUUCGUUAGCUGUGGCCGCAAACCAUCGAUCGAUUCUCGCCCAUCCGUGUUCACAAAUUAUACUUUCCGAUUUGUGGAUGGGUGGAUUAAGGACGAGGAAAAAUACUAAUUUGAAUGUUAUUGCUGGAUUAUUCUUACCAAUUUAUAUUAAGAAGCUUGAUUUUAAAACUCGAGAGGAGUUACAAUCUAUGCCACAAACGGAGGAAGAGCAUCUUGAAAAUCAAUAUUUAGAUUAUGAGGAUAAAGAAAAGUCAAUAACUGAUGCUGAGGCUUUAUUAUCCGAUACGUAUUCAUUGAAAGACACGAAAGUGCAGGAAAACGGAAAAGUAGGCCUUACUACCACAGGAACAACAACCGACCCAACUAAAGUAUCUCUGACAGAUUCCGACAAUACGCAAUUUAAUCCUUAUGAUGAUGACACACGAGUUCACCGGCCAUUAAAGUUGAAGAAAAAGUUUUAUGAAUUUUAUACAGCGCCCAUAACGAAAUUUUGGGCAGAUUCUAUCGCAUACAUUAUAUUUCUGUUCUUAUUUACUUACACCAUACUCGUAAGAAUGGAAGCAACACCGUGCUGGCAAGAAAUUUACUCCAUUGCCUACAUCACGACCCUCGGUUUUGAAAAAGUACGCGAAAUUCUUUCCUCGGAACCUGUUGCUAUUUGCCAUAAAUUUGCUGUCUGGUCUUGGAAUAUGUGGAAUCCCUGUGAUGGUGUUGCUAUAGUGACCUUCAUCAUUGGCGUUGGUCUACGCUUCCGUCCGAAUAUGAUGGAUAUUGGGAGGGUAAUAUAUUGUGUGAAUAGCAUAUAUUGGUAUCUGCGGAUCUUAAAUAUUCUAGGCGUCAAUAAAUAUUUAGGACCGCUGGUAACAAUGAUGGGAAAGAUGGUAAAGAACAUGAUUUAUUUUGUGGUGCUUUUACUCGUCGUUCUCAUGUCGUUUGGUGUAAGUCGACAAUCUAUUUUAAAUCCAAACAAGGAUGCUGACUGGAGACUUGUUCGAGAUGUCUUCUUCCAGCCGUACUUUAUGUUGUACGGUGAGGUAUUUGCUGACGAUAUUGACCCUCCCUGCGGUGAGGACCCGUCUCAAGAACCAUGUAUCACUGGUCAUUGGAUAACGCCUAUUGCAAUGUCUAUGUAUUUAUUGAUAGCCAACAUUUUGCUCAUAAAUCUUCUCAUUGCUGUUUUCAAUAAUAUAUUUAAUGAGACAAAUUCCAUUUCACAUCAAGUAUGGAUGUUUCAAAGAUUUACAGUCGUUAUGGAAUAUCAACAAAAGCCUGUCUUGCCGCCACCACUAAUUUGCAUUUGCCAUUUUUAUUGUCUUCUAAAAUAUUGUUUUCGAAAAGCAAAAGGACUUCAGGAAGUUCGGGACAAUGGAUUGAAGUUAUUUUUGGAAAAGGAUGAUAUGGAAAGACUUUAUGAUUUUGAGGAAGAAUGUGUCGAAGGAUUUUUUCAAGAGCAAAAUAUGAUUUUAUUACAAUCGACAGAGGAAAGAAUAAAGAAUACAGACGAAAGGGUUGAGAAUAUGUAUCAAAAAAUUGAGGAUAUCAAUACAAAAGAAAAUCUUCAAGUGCUGUCAAUUCAAAACAUGGAAUUUCGUUUGAGAAAAAUGGAAGAAUCAACAGAACAAAUAUUGAAUCACUUGGCUGUAAUUCAUCGGUUUAUGUCAACACAUAUAAAUGAUGAUAAUGAUAUUGCUCAGGGUUCAAUUGCCAAUUUGAGUUUCCCGCAUCCACUUGAUGUCCAUAGAAAUCGAACAGUGUCAGAAAAUGAUUCAGGAAAUAUGUUAACUAGUAUUAUGCCAACAACAGUAGCAGCAGCAUUUGAUAGAAGACCUCGAAAAUUCAAUCGCUCGUUAACGGAAGUUCGUCCGGAUGCUUAUAUAUUUGACGAAGGUGCACAUUUUGAAGUGCGUACAGUUCUCGAAGAAAAUGAAGUAAUGAAUUCAACUGAUGAGAUAAAUGAUUUAGCAAGUUCAAUCCGUAAUAGAAAAUUAUCAGUUCAGUCAGAAGAGCCAGAGUAUUGUGCAAGCACACCGACAGCUCAUCAGAAUCCACAAAUCAGCAUUGAAUCAGAACCACUUCCAGCAAUACCCCCUCCAUUAACUCUAUUGAUUCCUCGUUCAGAUUCAAUUAAUAGACGUUCUAUAUGUAUGAGACAAGAAACAACAGCGAGUACAGAGAGCAAAGACACAUUGACGCCACUCGAUGGUGGUGGGUGUGAGGAGAAAGCAAUAGCUGGAGGAGAUGGGACGUUAGAUGAAAUAGAAAAGCAACGAUUUGGUUUAAGACGAAGAAAUUCUCAACUCGGAAGAAGAAAUUCUGAAUCACAACAUUAUGAUAUAAAUAGAUCGCAAACAAGUCUCAAUUAUCUGGGUAACAAUCCAUUGUCAAAGCGACAGUUUAGCUUAACACAAUCAGAACCCGAUACGGAAAUUAAUGGUGCAACUGCUGUAUCAAAGGGUGCUAUGAAAGCGGGUCGUCAUAUGUUAUUACACAUUCAUGCAGAAUAUACAUCCAUUACAGACGAAUUAGAAAGCAUGAUUGCAUCUCCAACUACUUCACUAUUAGAUGAGAAGCCAAAAAAUCUUAACGAGCUUACAAAUCCCGAAUUUGUAGCGUUAAUGGAGAAGCAGCAUUUGAAAGAGUGUGAAGAUGAUGAUUAUGCGAUAAUGGAAGGAUUGUUGCAAACAAAAACGUCAUUCGACGGAAGUGAUGAUAAUCUGGAAGGCGGUUUUGAUAGUGACUACUCACACAGGCGGAUGUUGAGACGUGAAACGGCAAUAGAACUUCCAAUUACGCCUGCAAAAAUGCAGAAAAUUGAUGAGACAUAUACACAACAAAAUACUGAAUUUCAAUUGAAGAAUGAAAAGAAUUUUGUACGGGCAUCAUCAAUGUCCGAAAAUAGAGCAGAUGAAAAUUCUCCUCCGAAUCAACGAAAGAUGAGCUAUUUAAAUCCUGAUUCUUUAGAGCAACGAUACUGCAAAAUAUCAGAUGAGAGUCUUUACAAAAAUUCUAGUACUGAAACAGAAUACAGUGCCCAGCCAUAUCAUGUCAUUAAGCAGAACUCAAACGACACAAAUAGCUCAUUUAACAUUGAUAAUUCAUCAUUCACAAAUGACCUGUCAAUAGAUGCAGAAACUAGUCUUAAUGCAACUGUUAUUGAAAACUCAAACAACAUAAAUGAUGCAGAACAACGAAUGCCUCCCAAAAGAGCAUCAACAUUGUGCACUAGCGACGGUCGUCCAAGUUUUUUACGAAAACAAUUCAGUAUGGAUCAGGGUAAUAAACGACCAUUGUCAGAAAAUUUGGAAUGUAGGUCAACGACAGUGGUGCAACAUCAGCAGCACAAUUUACCGAAAAUGCCAUCACCAAGAAUGCAUAUGCACGUUUUAAAAGAAAGUUCAAGUACAAGUACAGAGGAUACAAGAGAUGACUCAAGAAAGGUGAUUCCAACAAUAAGUACACAUUUAAUACAAGAUGAAAUAGCGAAAUUAUCAUUAAAUAUUAAAAGUAGCACGGAAGAAGAUGAUGGAAGUGAUGAAAACUUAGAAACUAUGUGCUGAUUUAUUUCUGCAAAAGUUUUGAAACUUUUUAUUUCAUUCGUCCAACUCUCACAAACUGCCAUAAUAAUUACCUAAAUGAAAUUUUUUUAUAAAUCAUUUUUUUAUAUGAAUACGACGAAAAGUUUUAUCAUAGUUGUUAGUGAAGGGAUUAAAAUUGUGUACUGAUGCUAAUAAUUUAUACUUUGAUCUUUUUUUACCUUUAAAAUCUCAACAUAAAAUAUCCUUAAGAUUAUAAACUUUUGCUGAACGAGUUUCAAACAAUCACAUGGAUCUUAAAGAACAUUUUCAAAAAUUUGUUCUUUAAUGCAUAGAUUUAGUUGUAAUGACGUCAUUCUGGAUCAAAUCCACUAGAUAUCAAUUUUAUACAUAAUCAGUUUUCUACACUAAUUUAAUUUAAUUUGUAUUGAGAAUUUUUUGCAUAUUUAUUUCAAAGAACCUUAGAUAAGCGAAUAAUCCAAACGGCUCUCAUAAACUUGCACAAUUUUUCAUAUUUUGUUAAAAAUGGAACAUCUUUGCAUUUAAUAAAAUUAAGGCGUGGAAACUCAGGAUUAAUCCUGAAAAAUCCCUGAGCCAAUAAACAUGGAAAUGUGAAAUCCUUUUUAUAUCCCGAAGUUAUUCAUCAAAUGCAUCAGGGAUUUAAAA